GCGUUUUAAAAGUGAAGAAAGCACACAAACAGAUUUACGCUCAAAAAAUCUAACCAUAUAUUAACAGAAAUAUAUGAUACAUUACUAAACCCUGCAAUUAACGUAUGAAUUAUAUUUGAUUUAUAUUAAAAGAAAUGUGAUUUUUGGUUGUGAUGGUGAAAAUAAAACCGGCUGCCGGCUGUUUGUUGGCACAAACAUCCUCGACUAUAGUAGUAACUUUUACGCACGUCUAUUCUUGUGCCAAAUAAAGAAGCACAGCGGUGACAGCUGGAGGCCCACGCCGAGAAACCCGAGACAGCAACAUGUUAAAGUCCCAAUACCGGAAUUCCCACAGACCCCUAAACGCUUCAGCAGACCCCCGCUCAGACACAGGGAAAGCAGGAGAAGACAUAAUAAGGAGUGAGGGGGAUGUCAUCUUAUCAUGGUCACAUUAUGCGCAAAAGGAGAUUUGAAGCGUACAUUUCUUUUUGUGACCUUUGUUGUGAUGUCAGCGGCGCAAUAUGAAAACUACAACUUCAGAAACUUCCCCGAGGAGGAGCUCAUGCCCCUCACGGCCGCGUACGGAACAGCGCUGGAUAAUUACGCAGCAGGAAAUUGGACCGGGUCGAUCCAGUACUUGGAGUUAAGUCUGCGUUUGCAUCGGCUCCUGAGAGACAGCGUGAGACACUGUGCGCUCCACUGUAACAGGAGUAAACAUGACGGACCGUCCUUUACGGGGGACCCUGAGCUCCGGGUGCACUGGCACGUUAUGAUGAGAGCGUCAUGUCAGAAGAGGUGCAGAGCGAGCUUCCCCGGGCUGCGGCUCCCUCCACCCGGCAAAAAGAUCCUGGAUGACUUCGACAGAAGAUCUCCCUACAGAUACCUGCACUUUGCUCACUCGGAGCUGAACAACCUGCAGAAAGCCGUCCCAUGCGCCUACACGUUCCUGCAGAGGAACCCAGAGGACCAGGAGAUGCAGCAGCUGAUGGAGGAAUACAAGAGUCAGUACGACCUGAGCGGCUUCCUCAUCGACCACGAGCAACGACCCUACGAGGCCUCCUUUCUGAGUGGAGUGAAGCUGGUCAGUUCGGGCGAUUACAGCAGCGGCGUUGAACUCCUGGAGGAAGCUCUGAGGCUCUACCUGCAGGAGUACGACCUUUGUGAGGCCGACUGCGAGGGGCUGAUCGGUCAUCUCUUAGCAGACGGGGACUUCUACGCAGUCGUAGCAGACGUCUACAUUGACGUAUUGAGGUGUAAGCUGAAGUGUGAAGAACACUUGAAGCCCAGCGUUGGGGGUUACUUUGUGGAGAGGUUUGUCCCAAAUCUUUACCACUACCUGCAGUUCGCCUACUAUAAGCUGAACGACGGCGUUCGAGCUGUGCCGUGUGCCCACAGCUACUUCCUGUUUGAGCCUGACGAUCAGAUCAUGAAGCAGAACCUGCUCUAUUACAAAGCCUACAGUCAACAGUGGGGGCUCCGGUCUGACCACUUCACACCGAGGAGGGAAGCGUUCGAACAUUACAACCAGACCUUCACUCAAAAACAGAUGUUGGCAUUUGCAGAAACGUACUUAGAGUUGGAUGAUGAGGACUUUUUUGGACCAGAAGAAGCUGCAUUUUUGGCCUCCGGGUCUCCUGAUCUUGAGUUUGAAGGUAUGGGAGACUACGAGGAGUCCUUCUUCGCUAACUGGAGGCAGCCCAGGGACAAAGGGGACGUCGGACAGUCACACUUGUGAGGAGAGCUCAGAGUAAAUUCGGCACCAGUAAACAGAUACAGAAGUGCAGGUUUUACUUCCCCUCUGUUUGGUUGUAUUAUUAUUUGUAUCCACCUACUCUCUUUGUAAAGAAAUAAAGACAGAAAUCACCAGUUU